AACUCAUUGUAAACCUCAACAACAUACGACUAUACGAGACAAUCAAUAGUAUAAUUUAUAUAAAAGAGAGAGCGUUGAGAAAAGAAAGAGAGAUGUCAAGAGUUUUGUCAGUCGUUUGUGUCUUCUUUGCUCUGACUGUCGUCCAUGCACGUGCUCGUCAAGUGCCGGGUGAGUUUGAUGAGGGCAAGACGACGACACAUGACGAUACAACCACAACGCUCGUGCAUGCAAGUGCCGCUGAUCAGGCACCACCAAAAAGCCUCGGUGACAAAAAAUGCAUCGGAGGCGUAGCAGGAGUCGGCGGAUUCGCGGGAGUUGGUGGUUACGCCGGCGUGGGAGGUCUAGGUCUGCCACUCAUUGGAGGUCUUGGCGGUAUUGGUAAAUACGGUGGCAUAGGCGGUGCAGCUGGAAUCGGUGGUUUCCAUGGCAUAGGCGGUGGUCUAGGCGGUGUAGGAGGCGGUCUAGGCGGCCUUGGUGGAGUCGGUGGUGGGAUCGGUAAAGCAGGAGGUAUCGGUGGUGUUGGCGGUCUAGGCGGAGCUGGGGGUGGUUUAGGUGGAGUUGGUGGUGGAAUUGGUAAAGCUGGUGGUAUUGGCGGUGUUGGCGGUCUAGGCGGAACCGGGGGUGGUAUAGGUGGAGUCGGUGGUGGUGGUAUCGGUAAGGGAGGCGGUAUUGGCGGUGUUGGUGGCAUUGGCGGUGGACACGGCGUCGUUGGUGGCGUUGGCGGUGGGAUACUUCCACAUCCUUGAUGAAGAUACGAAGCUUUGGUAGAGUUUUGUGUUGAUUAUCCUUAGGGUGACUUUUGAUGUAUUUUCUUGUUUGGGUUUGUGUAACGUUUCCUUCGAUUUGGCCAUCGUGUUAUGUAAUGUGUGACUAUGUUUAGUCGUUGAUCAUAGUUACGUUUGUUUUAGUAUGAAGUUAUCUGCUAUCUUUUCGUGCAUGUUCAAAAUUAAGGGCGGAGAAAUUAUUAUGCUUCUAAUAACAAGAUUUGUUUCAAAAUUAUAUAUACAGUAACUAUGAUCUUAAGUAUUAGGGAUUAUAAUGCUAGCUUUCAUUAUUCGUUAUUAUGAUCUUAAUCGUGAGUAUUAACAAUGAACAUUUCAGAACUUGAGCUUAAUAUAUAGUAUUCCCUCCAUUUUUUUGUAUGAUAUUUUAGUAUAAACACACAAAUUAUAAAAAAAACAUUUGAUUACAACAAAAAUAGUUAUUAAAAAUAGUUAAUCAUUACUAUUUUGAACAAAUAAGACAAAAAAAUACACAUUGACUUUAACAUUUUAAUUAGUUAAUUUAAUAGUUUUUAGAUAGACAAUUUUAAAACAUCAUACAAAUUGAAACAAAAAUAUUUUCUAUAAUACCAUAUAAAGAUGUUAUACACAUGCAAACGAAACUUUUUUUUUGAUAAAGAAAUGCAAAAGAAACUUUAGAGCUAAUCCAAUUAAUUAGUUAUCGUGGGGAUUUUUUGUUGUUGCAAAAUUGUUAAUUUUGUCAUGGUGAGGGGCGGGGGAGAGAGACAGCAAGAAUCCACAAAGUGUAAACAAUAAUAAAUAACAUAAUUAAUUGCGUGAUGAUGAGAUGGACAAAAAUUUAAGAAGAUACGUUUGCAUGUCAAACACUUGUCGUGUCAUUUCAUGCAUCGUCCUCUCUACAGUAUGUCGCUGUGUCCCGGACUUCAAAAUCUCAUGCAAUUUAUUACGACGUGUAUAUAAUAUAUAGCCUCGAGUAUUCUUUUUGUGGCCUGACUAUUAUUGUUGAUAAGCUAGCUAAGCUAAUGAAAGUUCAAGAAAUUAGCUGUUAUAUUAUGAAGUCAAUAGUACUUUGUUUUGUUUAUGUCUUCAAUCUUCUUUUUACGACAACGACAAGUUUCACAAAGCCCGUCACGAAUCGGAUCUAGCCUCACUAAAUGCACACUGAUUGAUUCGCUUGCUCAUUUGGUAACUGAUAUUAUUAUUAGUUUUUUUUACUACGUUCUUAACAAGGAUAGACAACUCCAGUGAGGGAUUUUCACUUUCACUCCAGUAUUUAAACAAAAAAUAAUGUUAAAAAAAUAAAAGUAAAGAUGA